CUUCCAGGUCAUUCCAGGUGUGCUGUACUGGAUUGUCACUUUCUCGACCAUUACCGUGCCAACAUGGCUUUUCACACUGUUCUCCAUGAGCUUGACCUUCACAAUGAACUUCACAACGCUACUGCUUAUUGCGCUGGCCGUCGUAUCGACCAUCAGCUGGUUUAUACGAUACCGCUUCCUGAACAUGUACAGCCGACUCCCCCCCGAACCCCAGCGCAAGGAACCUCAGCUCGACCUCUUUCCCAGCAUCCAGGAGGAGGAUUCCAAACCCGGUCUGGCCAAUUACCUGGAUGAGUUUCUCAGCGCUAUCAAGGUCUUUGGUUAUCUCGAAAGACCGGUGUUUCACGAGUUGACGCGAACAAUGCAAACGAGAAAGCUGAUCGCGGGCGAGACGCUUCUAUUGGAGGAAGAGAAAGGCUUCUGCUUGGUUGUCGACGGAUUGGUACAGAUCUUUGUGAAGUCAGUUCGAGACGGGAAGUCAGGUGAAGAGGGAGAUGCGAAUCGCAUGAGCGGCGGGUCGUCGGACGAGGAUGACCAGAACGUGGAUGAGAGGCAAGGCUACCAACUUUUGACCGAAGUCAAGAAUGGCGCCUCCAUGUCGUCUCUAUUCUCCAUAUUAUCUUUGUUUACGGAGGAUGUUCAAUUGAGAUAUGCCGACAGUGCCGAACCGAGCUCAUCCGUCCUAGGACCGUCGGCUUCGCAUGCGCCCGAAUCUUUUCCGGCCAGUCCCCAGGCCAUCGAUGCGUCGCCGCGGACUCUUCCUAGGGACCGCAAAAGCUUUACCUCCCAUGUCAACGACAGCGGGGACUUCUUGCCCGCCGUGCCUCCCUUGAAUCUUGGAGAAAAUUACACCCCGCUCACGCCCAAUACCCAGGAUACCCAACCCGGUACAAGGACGCAUCGAGGCAAGCAUGGUCAAAAGUCGGUUCACCCGGACAUUGUGGCACGAGCCAUGGUCGACACAACUAUUGCAAUUAUACCCGCUAGUGCUUUUCGCCGUCUGACCAGGGUCUAUCCCAAGGCAACCGCGCAUAUCGUACAAGUUAUUCUCACACGCUUACAGAGAGUGACAUUUAUGACGGCUCACUCCUACUUGGGUCUGAACAAUGAGGUUCUGGGGAUCGAGAAGCAGAUGACCAAGUUCACUACACAUGACCUGCCAAACGAAAUGCGAGGGGCAGCGUUGGAUCGCCUCAAGGACAAGUUCAUUAAAGAAAGAGAUCGAUUGGGUCCGGAAGAAGUUACAAAAGGUAUUGCUUUACACAACCCUUUCUCGGGUAGGAGAAAUCGCUCAAGUAGCUUCCGAAGGAAAGAAGUCGUGCUCCAUGCUAAGCUAGGCGCAUCACGACGUCCAACGGCAGCUGUGAUCCAGAACAAUUCAUUCAAUGAGCGCGAAGCUGCAGGUGUAAGUCCCGGGGAUCUGCUCUCUAGCAUACAAUUCUCGCGUUUUGGGUCCAGGUAUGAGAACUUUGCUCCAAAAUUGCUGAGCCCACUUGCAGAAAAGGAGCAAUCGCCUCUGAGAUCCCCAGCUCCAAUCAUCGAAUCCAUGGGAUCUUUUCACCGGAAAGAAAAUGUGGAUGAGGAUGCCCUUUUCCGCGAAUCCAUACUGGAGUGCAUCAUGAAGGGCAUCGGGCUGACGGAGAGUACAAACGACCUUCUCCGCAAGACUCACAAUUCGGGCGACGCAUCCCCAAGACUGCUCUCUUAUGAUUCUCGACGCCAAAAGGCAGUUUUUAGCAACAAUGCUUUUGGAUUCAUUGAUCCCUACGAAGGCUCCACAGAUGAUACAGAAUCAAUGAUGUCGAUGUCCGUCACAAGUGCUGGCGGUACGCCACCAGUCAUCAACCUAAGGGAAGAACUGCGGAAUGACAUCGAGAUCGUCUACUUCCCUCAAGGAUCCGUGCUAGUGGAGCAAGGCGAGCGCCAUCCAGGCCUCUAUUAUGUGAUUGAUGGAUUCCUGGACGUGGGCAUCCCUGUGAGCGAUAAAGAAGAUGAUCUCGUUGGAUCUUCACGGCCAGGGCAUUCGCAAGCUCGCGACGAGACUUUCCCAACUCUAAGGCGAACUCAAACCAACACUUCCCGCAUUUCAGCCGCAAGCCUGGGGACUGGCACUGGCGAGUUCAAGCGAAAGAGACAGUCACGGAAGUCACUGUAUAUGAUCAAGCCCGGAGGCAUUCAAGGCUACGUUGGUGCUGUGGCAUCGUACCGUUCGUACACGGACGUGAUCGCGAAGACAGAUGUAUACGUUGGAUUCCUCCCGCGGGCUGCCCUGGAAAGGAUCGCGGAGCGGUAUCCAAUCGCUCUCUUGACGCUGGCUAAGCGAUUGACGAGUAUCCUUCCACGUCUACUCCUUCACAUUGACUUCGCCUUGGAAUGGGUACAGGUCAAUGCUGGCCAGGUGAUCUACCACCAGGGUGACGAAAGUGACGCUAUCUACCUCGUGUUGAAUGGACGUUUACGGUCGGUCCUUGAAGGUACCGAUGGGAAGGUGACGGUCGUCAGCGAAUACGGCCAGGGAGACAGUAUUGGUGAGUUGGAGGUGAUGACUGAAUCGACUCGCCCGUCUUCUCUCCAUGCCAUCCGCGACACCGAGCUGGCCAAGUUUCCUCGAACUUUGUUCAACAGUCUGGCACAAGAACAUCCCGGAAUUACAAUUCAAGUAUCUAAACUCAUUGCCCAGCGGAUGCGAGAUUUGGUGGAGCAACCGGUCAAUGAACAGGGAGUGGAACGCGGUAGUUCCGGCACUAUAAAGACCGCAACCUCUACUCUCAAUCUGCGGACCGUCUGCGUUCUGCCGGUAACAGGGGGGGUUCCUGUUGUUGAGUUUGGGCACCGGCUAUUGCAAGCCUUGCAUCAAAUUGGGGUGACAAACGGUGUCACAUCUCUCAACCAAGCUGCCAUUCUGAAUCACUUGGGACGGCACGCUUUUAGUAAGAUGGGGAAGCUGAAGCUCACCCAGUACCUAGCGGAUCUCGAAGAAAAAUACGGCAUGGUGCUCUACAUUGCCGACACCACGGUGAAUGCACCGUGGACGCAAACAUGCAUCACCCAGGCUGAUUGCAUUCUGCUGGUUGGCCUGGCAGAGUCCUCACCUAGCAUUGGUGAAUAUGAAAGAUUCCUGUUGGGCAUGAAAACAACGUCUAGGAAAGAGCUGGUGCUCAUCCAUGAAGAACGAUACUGCCACCCCGGACUGACUCGUCAGUGGCUGAAAAACCGGGUGUGGAUUAAUGGAGGCCAUCACCACAUCCAGAUGCCUUAUCGUCUCACAGCCGAGCCCACGCAUCCCCAAUCCAAACGCCUAGGGACCGUACUGAAGCAACGGGUUCAGGUUAUCCAGGCUGAGAUCCAGAAGUACACCUCCCGACGCAUUCGCCAGACACCUCUCUACUCGGCCCAGACGCCGUUCAAGGGCGACUUUCAUCGGCUGGCCCGCCGGCUCUGUGGUCGCUCGUUCGGACUUGUGCUGGGCGGUGGGGGGGCUCGAGGCAUCGCCCAAGUGGGAGUCAUCAAAGCGCUUGAAGAGGCCGGCAUCCCGAUCGAUAUCAUCGGUGGGACUUCCAUCGGUUCUUUCAUCGGAGCUCUGUAUGCUCGAGAUGCGGAUGUCGUGCCUAUGUACGGCCGAGCCAAGAAGUUCGCCGGACGUAUGGGGAGCAUCUGGAGGUUUGCGCUGGAUCUGACCUACCCGACCGUGUCCUACACGACUGGGCACGAAUUUAACCGCGGAAUCUUUAAGACAUUCGGCAACAGUCAGAUUGAAGACUUCUGGCUGGAGUUCUACUGUAAUACCACGAACAUCAGCCGAUCGCGUGCCGAGUAUCAUUCGUCCGGCUACACGUGGCGGUACGUCCGGGCGUCCAUGUCGCUUGCUGGUUUAAUUCCCCCGAUCUGCGACGAGGGUAGCAUGCUGCUCGACGGCGGAUAUAUCGACAAUCUUACUGUAGGCCAUAUGAAGGGCUUGGGUGCGGACGUGAUCUUUGCUGUUGAUGUGGGCUCCAUUGAUGACAAUACUCCCCAAGGCUAUGGGGAUUCGCUGUCUGGGUUCUGGACGGUGCUCAAUCGCUGGAAUCCCUUCUCUUCGUUACCCAACCCGCCUACGCUGUCCGAGAUUCAAGCGCGAUUGGCGUAUGUUUCGUCGAUCGAGAACCUUGAGCGCGCCAAGACGACGCCAGGAUGCCUCUACAUGCGGCCGCCGAUCGACAAAUACGGCACGCUGGAGUUUGCGAAAUUCGAUGAGAUCUAUCAGGUGGGGUACGCGUACGGCAAGGAAUACCUGGAGAAGCUGAAGAGCGAAGGAUCUCUGCCGCUGCCGGAAGAGACGGAAGAGAAGAAGAAACUUCAACGGACGCUAGCGCCCCGUCGCGCCAGUAUCUGAGGAGUUCCGAGUGGUCUUUCUUGUAGUUCUAUUCCCC